CCGGCGGCAAGAUUUUACCCUUUGUCUUGAACCUAUACACACUGUAACUUUCAAAUUAUAUUCAUAUGCACGUGUCGGCACCCGUACUCUUAAUUUCAAUCUCUCAAUACGCAUUCGGGCAUUAUCUGCGAUUCUUACGGAAACGUGCACCCCAUCUAUAUCCAGAACUUACGAGGACCUGCGCAAAGCUGCAGCAUGUAGACUUUUAUGAGACGAACACGCGCAGUCCCAGUACAUUUUCGAUCCCUUUUGACAACCAUAGGUACCUAUUAGCAGUCGAGCUGAAACAUGAGGAUGACGGCUCACUAUCCUGCGGAAGACAAACAUUGGAACCAUACGCCACUUGUCUAAACCAGUUGAACCGGUAGAGAGAAAUGUUCGGAAUGCCACUGCUAAAACACCGUGUGUCUUAGGAGUGUCUGGUACUUAAUGGGCUACAUAGCGCCCUAAGUGAAUAACUCAUCUAGGAUUGAUCUGAACUUCAAACCGUCACUUUCUGACUCUGACUGCCGCAAAUUAACAUUUCAUCAUGGACGUCAUUAGCGCAGAUGGGUCUACACGGAAUACGAUUGAUCGCGUAGCCGUCAUCGUUGGUUGAUGGACCGCGAGAUCUCGGCUCUCGCAGACCGGAGCCUAGUGUUACAUAUCAGGAGGUAUCGGAGCGAGAGCUGUAUACCCAGCAUUGACAUGGGAUCUCGUAAUGAAAUCUUCAAUGCGCCCUUGAUACACUGGCUGCCACAUCUAGCUAGUAAGGUGAGCUCGCUCAAUUUGAGUUUAUGGGUUGUGUCCUCGUUCACGUGAGAUUCACCUCAGAGGUGAGCAUAUUGCUUUAGUGUGAAGAGCCAGCGUUUGAGUUGCACUCAAUCGUAAGUCCUAAAUUUGUGAUUGUUGAGCAGUAAGGGGGGAAUGGAGGGGAGACGAGUCGUUCUGUAUUUGAGUGAAAAGCAAUUGAUAAUUCAACAAUGCAAUAUCGAUGCCUGCUGAUUGAAACUGAUGUUACUUCGUAUGAGAAUACCGAUUCGCAAGUGAAUA